AUGGAAACAUUGGUAAGUUUAACAUUUAAAUUUUUAUUUAUUUAUUUAUUUAUAUAUAUAUAUAUAUAUAUAUAUAUAUCUUAUUUACAGUUUACACUCUUGGUACAUAACGUUAAAAUUAAACAAUACAUUUAAUCGGUAUAAUAUAGCUGUCAUCUGCAUACCUACAUUAACGUAGUUUUAUGAUUUUCAUUCAAGUUUCGACUAACUGACGUAGGCAUUCAAUCUUAAAACUGAAUACAAAAAGUAUUUUAGAUUUUAAAUGGAGUGAAGAAUGUAUUAGUUUUACAAAAAUAUUUGUUUUUUUUUUUUUUUUUAUGUGAACACUUUUUCUACCAAAAAGCUACUCCAGUGUAUACGGUGUAGACACUUGACUAAAAGGAAAUAUUCUUAGGGUGGUACUUUAAGAAGGUCAUUUUUCGAUUUUCUGAGCAGUUUUCUCGUCAAAUAUGAAACACCGAAAAAAAGCGGGCAAUAAUAUGAAAAUGUGCGAAAUACAUUAGUAAUAUAUUAAAAUUUGUUUUUUCUAUAAACAACUUUUCUACCAGCAAUUUUGCUAGUAUUAAAAAUGUAAUUUUUUGGUUUUCCUAGAUAUUUAUCAACAAAUGGGAAAGGUUGGGUUAAGUUAGGGAAAAAACAUGAGAAAACCGAGAAAAACGUAGGAAAAACGGGAAAAUCGGUACAUCAAACAAACAUCAUUAAAUAAAAUAUAUAAUGCCUAUUUUAUUAUUUUACCAUAAUAUGACAUAUAUAUUGUUGACAAAGUAUCACUAUCAACUGAACUUUGCUCAAAAUCGUUUUUUUGGUUAGCAAUGGUUUAUCGUUGCUUGUAGGUAUACAUUAAAUUAUCUAUAACAAUGGCUGCACCCGUCCCCAUUUUUCCUAGGAUAGCUUUUUGUUCUUAAGUUUAAAACACACGAUAUUUUUUUAUUUUAUUUUAUUCAUGAAAUUAAAAUAUAUUUCAAUUGAAAUAGUGUGACGAAAGUCAAUUUAAUGUUGUUAUAAAUAUUCGAACUAUACAAAGAUGAUAGAAAUAAUACGAUCGGUUUAUAUAUCGUAUAUUGUAUAUAGUAUAAUAAUUUAUUUCAAAAUUAUAAUAAUCACAAUAAGUGUCUACACGACCUCAUAAUACUACUUGAACAAAACCUAACCAUAUCAUAUACUCAACGCUAAAUCUGGAUUCAUGAAUUACUUUUUUCUUUUUGUCUUUGUUUUUUUUUUUUUAACGGCAAUUUACUUUUUUUUUUCUUUAUGAAAAUUCCAUUCCAAAAAGGUAAUAACACCAUGCCCGUUAUUUCUUCUACGCAAUACCAUCAGACCAUGUUUGGUAUACCAAAGUAAAUAUAUUAUAUAUAAAAUAUAAAUACAACAAAAAUCUCUUUUUUUUUAAAUUUUUUUUUCGGUAUUUUUUAAAUGGAACAAGAUCUAUAGUAGAAACACUGUUUAUACACAAAGAAAAUAAUAAAAUAAGGAUGCAUCUUCGUAAAAUUUACAAAUUUCUUAAUGCAAAUACAGAAUAUAAAAUUUGUCUUAACAUUUUUAGCUAGUUCUAUUAUAACAUCGCAAAUCUGGCACGCUUAUGAGAAAGGUUUAUGUGGCGAUGAGAGUAUUCCCUUGUCCACGACCUGUACAAUGUUUUUUUAUGUUUUACAAAUUAUCUAUAAUUCUUUAAGUAGUCUUUAUUUUAAAAAUAAUAUAUUUCUUAUCUAAUAUUAAUAACAAUUUAUAUUUGAUAAGAAAUGUUUUAAUAAAUUUAAUACAUGCAUUUUUAUAUUAUGUUAUCGAAUAAAUUGAAUUUAUUCUUUAAAUUGUAUUAAGUUUUCGAUGUAUUAUUUAUUUCUUCAGCAUAAACGGAGAUUUGAUAACUUUUUGAAAGGGGAUCCUAAAAUAGUACAAUGGUAUUUAGAUGAUUUCCAGAGGAGGGGCUUAGCCUCCCUAUAUCCCCAUGCAAUCUUUGCAAUAAAGUUUUGAACUCGACAUUUUAACUGGCGUCCCAGUUCGGGUAAAUAUUUAAUUGUAAAUUUCCCGUUAGAAACGUCUGUAUAUGGAAAAGAUGUCUUGAGGUUUAUUGCACUUAAGUUUUCAAAUACUAUUUCUUACACUCGAUAAAAAUAAAUGCGUAUUUGUAUACGGAACUAUUUGAGAAGCGGUAACGUAAAAAACCACACAAAUAUUCAAAUUGCGCGGGCAACUGGCCGUUCUCAAUUGGCAAAUGGGUAUUCUUAAUUAUAUGAUUACUCUGUGGAAAAUAAUUAGGACGGCGAAAAUAAAAUAUGCAAUUAUUGACCCUGCAUACUGGAGUACCGGGUUCACAGAUUAUACAUGAUGCGGUAUUGUACUAUAAACGAGAUAUUUAUCAACUAUAUAAUGUAUACAUAAACUGAAAACGAAAUCUAUUUAAAAUACCCACAUAGGUACUGCGCUUUUUAAUAUAUACAAACAAUUUUACGACGAUAUGUACAGUUUGACAUAUUAUUAAGAAAAAAUAACGAAUACAAAAUAUAUAUUUAUAUAUUAUACAUUCACACCCGAGUUGAUAAAAUAUUAUACACAAAACUCCAGCGCUGUACGAAUCUUUAGAACGUCAACCAACAACUGGUACAAUAAAAUAAACAUACACGGCUAUUUUAAACAUGCAAUAUAAAAUGCGCGUAUAGCUUAGGUCAACGCGACUACGCCGACUUAUUAUUAAUCGACAGCGACACUGUCUGUGUAAAUUAUAGAUUCUAGACACGCGGAUUUAGCGACUUGUUUUUGAUUAAAUUAUGCAUUCAGUUCUCAAUAAGAAACAGUGGCGAAAUAUAUACAAUUACUCGAUUUCACGUCUGUUCUUAUACACCAGUAUUGUGUAAAAAAAAAAAAUAAAAAAAUACAUCAAGCAGGAUAUUUCAAUAUGCAAUCUCAUUAUCAUAAAUUAUCAGAAGUUUGGCCGUUUCCAAUUGAUAAUUUUUUAUCAAUUUCAUUUUGUUAAAUCGACCACAAACGACACUUCGGUAAAAUUGUUUUCAAGGACGUCGUAGAUAAAUCGCCAUUAAAAAAAAAUACCAAACUUAACCUAACCAACCCUUUUCACGUAAUACAUUAUAAUGCAUUUAUAAUGCGCGUGUAUUUAAUUUCACCAUGGGUAGGUACAGUACCUAUUUAGGUACGAAGUUUGAAAGGUUAAAAUAUAAUUUUCAUAAAUUAAGCAACGAUAAUUAAUAGCAAUUGAAAAACCAUUCUGAGCGAAGGAAUAUUAAUUGUGGUUUUUUCUCCUUGUGACCAAGGUAACCCAAAAAUGAACAAAAAUAAAACCGUUGUGUCGAAAUUUGUUAGAAUCGAUUUUUAAAUUUUCAAGAAAAACUGCUGAAAAUCUGGCAUAUUUUGUCAAAUAAACUACCACCGGGUAAAAAAUUGCAUCUUUUAAGGUACGGAACAUAAAAUCAGAAUAUUUUUACUAAUCUAAAAAGUGUUUUCCGAGACAAAACACACUUCUUAGUAAAACCAUAUCAGUAUCUUCGUUCCACAAGAAAUCUUAAAGUGUAAUCCAAAUAUUAUGUAAAAAUAUUAGUAUUAUAUUUCAAAUGCAAAGAAUUAUUUUUUUAUUCUUUUUUAUUUUUAACAGGCUUGGCAUUUUUUAAUCUCCUCGCUGUUCUCUUUACUGGCAAAACACUCUUGUCAAGUACUACACGACCAUCAUAACACCGAACCACUAAACCCCAUUAUUUUAUUACCGGCUUCGUCUGGAAUUUCAUACGAAGCACUCCAUUAUCCGAUGCCCGUGGAACAGUACCAGUUAUUACCGCUAGUGAUAAAUACUGGAAAAAUACCUCUCAUAAAUCAUCCGGUACAAGCUCCGAUACAAUACUUCAUACCGAACAGGGAAAACAGACAAAUAUCAAAUUACGAUUCAACUACACGUCACGAAUAUCGGUCUACUACACAAAAUAGUCCAAAAACACCAUAUUCAAAUGCACAAAAUACAAAUCAACCUAAGUACAAAUAUAAUCUCCCGACUACGAUAUACUCAGAAAAACACGUCGAGGGUCAACCGGAAUUACGGUACAGCUAUGGCUACAAAAUAAUUGACGGCGAUAUUGGUGAUUCGAAUGGCCAACGUGAAUUGGGCGAAAACGGUAAUAUAAUAUCGGAGAGCUAUAAUAGUUUAGAAGAAUCGGCUGAUAGAAGCAAGAAUGUUUUCCAAUCCACGGAUAAUCCGAAAUCGAAUUUUCGCGCAGUUGUCCGCAAUCAAAAACUAGACAAUGCCGAUCGAGACGACAAAUUAGAUUUAUUAAAAGCUCUAAAACCGAUAAUUGUAAGGCCGGACGUAACAACAAUACAAACAGAAUUGAAGAAACAUUAUAAAAACACGACUAGUUUGGGGACGCCAAACAACGUGGCCAAUCAUAACAGAAACUUAACAACGUUUCAACCCUAG